AAGACUGCUAUCAGACCUCAGCUGCUUGUGUUUUCCGUGAGCGUUCAAAAUCAGUGUUAAGCAUACUUGUCUGACUGACUCUGGAUCUGUAGCAGUGCGCCAUGUGUAAAGGAUUAGCAACACUCCCUGCAACAUGCUUGAAAAGCGCCAAAGACAUCAAGCACAAAAUCGGCUUCUUGCUCCAGAAGCCUGAGCCACAGGCAGCGGAUCAGAAACAGACGAAGGAAAAGUCCGCCGCUGCUUCAAAAAAGGUGGCCCCAGCAGCUGAAGUAGAGAAAUGGAAGGAGUCCUUCAGUAACCUGAUGAACAGCGAGGGUGGUCGUACGGUCUUCACCAGCUUCCUGAGGUCAGAGUUCAGCGAGGAGAACAUCGAUUUCUGGGUCGCCUGCCAGGACUACAAGAAGACCUCAUCGUCCAAGAUGGCCGCCAGAGCCAAGCUGAUCUACCAGCAAUACGUUGAGGCCGACUCUCCGAAUGAGGUCAACUUGGAUUCAGCGACCAGAGAAGAAACAAGGCAGAACCUGGAGAGCGCCGGCCCCGCUUGUUUCGACGAAGCUCAGAGAAAGAUCUUCACCUUGAUGGAGAAAGACUCCUACAGGCGUUUCCUCAAAUCCAAACUGUUCCAGGAUCUGUGCCAGACACACUCCGCCGCGGCCCAGCCAGAGAAAAAGGGGAAGAAAAAUAGCUGUGCUGACAACAGGCAGGCUUUGACAGGUGGAGCUUAGAUAGGCAGUGAGCAAAAAGAGACAGUAGAAUGUGCCAAAGACUGAAAAUGUGCAAGUCUGUGAGAAGGUAGACCCUGAUAAGGAUAGGACUGUGUCUAUUUUAUGUAUUAUUGAGGAAGCUAGAGCUGAGGGGGUUUAGAAAAUUGAGUUAUCUGAGAUGUGACUCCGGUACAAAAGGGGCAAGUUCGUCAUUUAUCUCAUAAAGUGAAAAAGAGUUUAAAACUUUCACACAGAGUUGCAUCUCAUACAGCUUCUUUCUCUGAUCACGUAAGUUUCCAGUUGUCGACUCGAGGGCUUCAAGUGGCUACAUGUUCAAAUACCUGAAUGAGCUUGUGACAUAAGCCCUGUUCCACAUCCACCACCAUCAGCCGUCAUUCACGUGUCAAAAUGAUUAACGCUGAAACCGUUUACAUAUUUAAUAUUUAAAUGUUUGUCAUGCACAGCACAAAUGUACCUUGGUAACCCAUUGUCAAAGUCAUGACCAGGUGAUGUUGAUACUCACAACAGGACAGAAAACAACCCAGAGCUACCUCUAUCUGACACACACACAAACACACACACACACACACACACACACACACACACACACACACACACACACACACACAGAUAUAUAUAUACACACCUUCAGAAAACACGUGUGACAGUUUUCUUUUCUUGAGCUGUACUUCUGACACUGUUGAAUUAUGUCAGUGGAGUGGCAUGCAUGCUAUGUAUCAUAUGUGAACAAUUACAGUACAGCCUAUCUUGAAUAUUAAAGUAAUUCAUGAUUUUGGGAGAUGGUGAGGUGGUUUGCUUACCCAUUUAACGAUGCAAACUUGGGCACAAAAAUCCUCCAUGUGUUCUUGGUGGGGUUCCAUUAUGUCGAUUGACAGAAGCCUCAGUGGCUUAAGGACAUGUUGAGUGAUAGUGGGACACCAGAAUUAUCUUAACACGACAAGACUGACCUUUUAGAAAUAAAGGCUUUAUUUUUUACCGUACACAGUCUUCCAUCAUCGCUUUAAUUCACCUCCUGUGGAAAAAGAAAACAGCAAAAACAAUUUUUCCAUCACAUUUUCCUACAGGGAACUACCAGACUGAGCCACAUUUCAUUUAAAAGUUCUUGCCAUUUAUAUUUAGAGCCACAAGUUCUGAUCAGGUUUUUAGAUGGUGAUCGUGGCCUACCAGCCCUCAACAUUGUGCGCUCUAAAAUGCAAACACUGGAGUAAACGAUCUACUGGGGACACUUGGAUCAUUUUGAUGUCUUGUAUCUUAACAGCUGAGGUAACCAAUGGGCCAAUCUCCCAAAAAUUUGGUGCGUUCCUUUAAGUUCAUGAUGGUAACAACUGGCCCUUAUAGCCACUGUAGCCCACCUUCCACUGAUAUGCUGUACCCGCUGAUGUUUUUCUUUCUUUAUGUGUGAGUGAAAAUGCUACGCAUGCUUCAUUGCAACAGUAUUGAUUUUUCUGUUGCAUGCCAUUGUAGGUGUCAAACUGUAAAGGUCAAACUGUGACCCUGCGUAACAUUUGACUGAUUACUUCUCAGUGUUUCCUGUCGUGUCCGAUUGUGGUCUGUUGUGUAUCCCUGUAAUUUGCGCAGGGCUCUUGGACAAAGGAGCGUGGUCACUUUUAUACCUUUUGGCAGCCAGGUGUAGGAGAACGUUUUAUCGAAAUGUCUACUCCGAUUGAAAUAGAUAUCUCUAUAUUUAUUAUAUGAUGUAUUGCCAUAUAUAUUUACACCAUGUUAGAUAGCUAUAUUUGCCAUGCCUG